AUGGUGAGUUCUAGGGAAGCUGAUGCGUGCGCUGAGGUUAUUCUAGUCCCAACGCUUUCGGACAACUAUGCCUAUGUAAUUAUUGACAAGAAGACGAAGGCUGCGGCCUGUGUUGAUCCUGCCGAGCCAGAGAAGGUUGUUGCUGCGGCAAAGGAGAGGGACGUGACUUUGCGGGCUUGCCUUUGCACCCAUAAACAUGCAGAUCAUUCAGGCGGUAAUGAGAGGAUUAAGCAGUUGGUCCCGGACAUAGAAGUGUUUUGCUCGGCAUACGAAGACACCCCCGGCCGAACCAGAGCGGUCUACGAUGGAGAGAGCUUUCGAAUAGGGGACCUUCACGUGAAGGUAAUGCACGCGCCGUGCCACACCAGUGGUCAUGUGCUCUACUAUAUGGAGAGCCGCACGGAUAUGAAUGCUAAUCCAAUAAUUUUUACUGGAGAUACUUUAUUUCUUGCAGGCUGCGGGCGGUUUUUUGAAGGGGAUGCUACCCAGAUGCACCGGGCGCUCAUGAAGUCUAUUGCAGCACUGCCAGCAGAAACUCUCGUAUAUUGCGGUCACGAGUACUCUGUAUCAAAUCUUAGGUUUGCCGCGAGCAUCGAGCCGAAUAAUAUGGCAUUAGAAGCGAAGUUGGAGUGGGCACAGAAACAGCGGGCCGAAGGCAGACCGACAAUUCCCUCUUCUAUUGGCGAGGAGAAGGCAUAUAAUCCGUUCAUGCGUUGCGAUCGGCGUGAAAUCCAGAAAGCAGUGGGGGCUCCAGAAGGGGACGAAGUUCAGACUAUGCACAUCCUUAGGGAGCGAAAGAACAUGUUUAGAGGAUAA